AUGAUAGCUGACAUGUCGAUGGUGACUGUGGGAGCUGUAUUCCUGCUGGUUUUGCUCUUCAUGGUGCUAAUCCGGAGAUCUAGAAAGAAGGUUGUGCAGCGAAACCCCAAGGGAAGCCGAUCUAAAGUUGAAUCUAGACUUCUGCAGUAUUUCUACCAGUUUCUCCCUGGCUCUUCGUGUCAAUCCAUCCCCGGUCCGACCGGCUUCUUCCUCAUCGGCAAUAUGAUGGAGCUGACACAAAGUCAUCUACCAAUCCACCUGACCAAUCUGGCACAGCGCUACGGAAACAUUUAUCGCCUCAAAUGUGGAAACACAACCAUGGUGGUACUUAGUAGUAGUGAAAUCAUUAAAGAAGCGUUGGUGAAGAAGUGGUCUGACUUUGCUGGGAGGCCAGUUUCUUACACAGGUGAUAUUGUGUCUGGGGGAGGGAGCAACAUCUCCCUGGGGGACUACACCGAGAGGUGGAGGGCGCAUCGCAGUCUGGUCCACGGUGCUCUGCGGCGCUGCUGCCAGCAGUCCCUGCACGAUGUGAUCGAGAGACAAGCACUUAAACUACGAAAGGUUUUGAGAGACUAUCAGGACAAGGCGGUAGAUCUGGCAGACGACUUCACGGUAGCAGCCAGCAAUGUCAUCACGACUUUGGCUUUCGGAAAAGAAUAUGAUAAUAAUUCUCCAGAGCUGCAGGAGCUGCACAGCUGUCUGAAUGAAAUAGUUUCUCUUUGGGGGUCGCCCUGGAUUUCAGCUCUGGACACUUUCCCGCUGCUAAGAAAAUUACCCAAUCCUGUGUUUGCCCGACUGCUGAAGGAGGUGGUCAGAAGAGAUGAAAUCAUAAGAUCACACAUCAGCAACUACAAGUCCCAGGACCAUAAGAAUGAGGAAGUCAUCACUGCGUCCCUCCUCCAGGGCCUUGACAAACAUCACAACACAGAACAUGAGGAGGUCCUGACGGAUGUUCAUGUUCACAUGGCCACAGUGGACCUGCUCAUUGGAGGGACAGAAACCACCGCAGCCUGGCUCAACUGGACUGUGGCCUUCCUACUGCACAGACCAGAGGUGCAGACCAGGGUGUAUGAGGAGCUGUGUACAGUGCUGGAGGAACGAUACCCCAAAUACAGUGACAGACACAGGCUUCCCGUCCUGGGCGCUCUGAUCAGUGAGGUGCUCAGACUCCGGCCGGUGGCGCCUCUGGCAGUGCCACACAGAGCCAUCAGGGACAGCAGUAUUGCAGGUCACUUCAUCCCGAAGAACACCGUCAUCAUUCCUAACCUCUUCGGCGCUCACCAUGACCCUGAAGUUUGGGAUGACCCAUACAGCUUCAAACCAGAGCGCUUCUUGGAAGGAGGAGGAGGCGCCUCCCGUGCCCUGAUCCCCUUUGGAGGGGGCGCUCGGCUGUGUUUGGGGGAGUCUGUCGCUAAGAUGGAGCUCUUUCUGUUCACUGCGUACCUGCUAAGAGACUUCCAGUUCCUUCCUCCUGCCAGCGAGGCCUCUCUGCCUGACCUGAGAGGAGUCGCCAGCGUUGUGCUCAAAGUCAAGCCCUUCAAAGUUAUCGCACGUCCAAGAUCUGCCACUGAUAUCUGA